AUGCGGACCCAGCAGGGCUCGGAGGGGGGCGUGCCCCUACCAGGGGGCAGUUGUGGCAGCAGCGGUAGCUGCAGCUCAGGGCUGUCACCAGGGUCUGAAUCGGAUGGAGGGAGCCCGACAGGCGGAGUAGUGGACAGCAUGGUGGACGGAGGUCUCGGGGUGGGUGGAUGUAUGGGGGGAGGUGGAGGAGGUAGCUUGGGUGGCACUCUGAGGGGGGUCCUGUCUCGCUAUUGGAGCUUGGAGAGUCUGCACUCCACCACAGCUGUUGUUGUUCCUGACGGGUCAUCAGAGAAGGCGGGGGCCGGGGAAGAGCUGGGCAGCGAAGAGGAUUUGUUGUAUGAAGAGUUCCGCGGUUCUGGACAUCGCUUUGGGCAUCCAGGAGGAGGAGGAGGAGAGCAGCUUGCCAUCAAUGAGUUGAUCAGUGAUGGCAGCGUGGUGUACGCCGAGGCCCUCUGGGACCACGUCACCAUGGAUGACCAGGAGCUGGGCUUUAAGGCCGGUGAUGUCAUCGAAGUAGUGGAUGCCACCAACAAGGAGUGGUGGUGGGGUCGCAUCAUGGACAGUGAGGGCUGGUUCCCUGCCAGCUUUGUACGGUUGCGUGUGAACCAGGAUGAGCCCAUGGAGGAGUAUCUAGCCCACCUGGAGGAGCCACAGGCUGGAGCAGAGGACCAGACAGGUCUAGGCUUGUUGUUGGGACCUGGUUUACCCUGCAAGGAGCAGAUGAGGACCAACGUCAUCAAUGAGAUUAUGAGCACAGAGAGAGACUACAUCAAGCACCUGAAAGACAUCUGUGAGGGUUACAUCAAACAGUGCCGCAAGAGGACCGACAUGUUCACUGAGGAGCAGCUUCGUACCAUCUUUGGCAACAUUGAAGACAUCUACCGGUUCCAGAGGAAGUUCCUGAAAGGCCUGGAGAAGAAGUUCAACAAGGAGCAGCCACACCUCAGUGAGAUCGGCUGCUGCUUCCUAGAACAUCAAACAGAUUUCCAGAUCUAUUCCGAGUAUUGCAACAACCACCCCAAUGCCUGCGUCCAGCUCUCCAAGCUCAUGAAAGUCAACAAGUACGUGUUCUUCUUUGAGGCGUGCCGACUCCUCCAGAAGAUGAUUGACAUCUCCUUGGAUGGCUUCCUGCUCACCCCGGUUCAGAAGAUCUGCAAGUACCCACUGCAGCUGGCUGAGCUGCUCAAAUACACCAACCCACAGCACAGGGACUACAAAGAUGUGGAGGCUGCCUUAAACGCCAUGAAGAAUGUGGCCAGGCUCAUCAAUGAGAGGAAACGCCGUCUUGAGAACAUUGACAAGAUCGCCCAAUGGCAGAGCUCCAUAGAGGACUGGGAGGGUGAAGAUGUGCUCAGCAGAAGCUCUGAUCUCAUCUUCUCGGGGGAGUUGACCAAACUGUCCCAGCCUCAGGCCAAGAGUCAACAGAGAAUGUUUUUCCUCUUUGACCAUCAGAUGGUGUACUGCAAAAAGGACCUACUGCGCAGAGACAUGCUCUACUAUAAGGGUCGGAUGGACAUGGACCACAUGGAGGUGAUAGAUGUGGAGGACGGCAAAGAGAAGGAGUUCAACAUCAGUGUGAAGAACACUCUGAAGCUGCGCUCUCUGGCCGGUGAUGAGGUCCACCUCCUGUGUGCCAAGAAGCCUGAGCAGAAACAGCGCUGGCUCCGAGCCUUUGCUGAUGAGAGGAAACAGGUCCAACAUGACCGCGAGACAGGCUUCUCACUCACAGAGGUCCAAAAGAAACAGGCCAUGCUGAAUGCCUGCAAAAGCCAUCCAGCUGGGAAACCCAAAGCGGUGACCAGACCCUACUAUGACUUCCUCCUGCGACAGAAACACCCCUCCCUCCCUACUGCUUUGCCCCAGCAGCAGGUCUUCAUGCUGGCUGAGCCUAAGCGUAAAACCUCCACCUUCUGGCACAACAUCGGCAGACUGACACCCUUCAAGAAGUAGAAAAACAACAACAACAAACAGAAGGGAACAGAAAAGCUGUGGAGAGAAGGAACGGAGGAGGAGAAAGAGAAGAGCUCUCUGCUCGUGCCUGAAUAGACCCUUUUUAAUUCUUCCUCUCUUUUCUUUCCUACUUGUAACAUUAAUUGAUAUACUGAUUUAUUGUAUAGAUGAGAAUGAUUAUGAUGAGGAAGUUAUUUUUUUGAAAGCACUUUAUAGGUUGGUUAACAAUCAGACUUGAAAAUGGUCUCGUGGAGACACUGAGUCAAAAAGAGAGAGUGGACUCUAGCUUAAUUUACUACUACUACACCUUCAAUCAAUGGCCGACUGGUACUAAUACUACUACUGUACUGCUGCAAGUGACUGUGGGACUCCUGACUGCGCUGCCUCUGUGAAAG